CCCCCACACACACCACACCUGCAUCUUCACUGGACUGUAGGACUGCAGUGUCACUUCGUCGCGAGUGUUACUGUCAUUGUGAUGAUUGCUGCGCCGGUUUAGACAUUUUACUUGUCACUCGUGGCUUCCCUUUCCCCGUCUCCUUCACACAGCCAUAUGCACAUACAAUACAUCAGAACCCCCCUCAACUGCUGUGUUUGGUAGUUGGUGUACGGUCCAGUGAUUUUUAACACGACCCCGCCCAUGUGUUUGUUUUGUUUGGUUUGUUUGUUUGUUUUUUUUGGAUUUUGUGUCCCCAACAUAUAUACACACAGCCUGGGCCAGGUUAGCAUGUCAACAUGCCAUGUACACUCGUUCAUUCAUUCAUUCAUUCGUUCAUUUAAUCUCAUUCACUCAUAAGACAUGGUGACAUUCUUUCAUUCAUCCAUUUGUUUGUUCACAGAGAUUUUCUGUGUCUCAAGAUUGGUACCAAAACAAUGCAAUAUUUAUAAUGUAUUUUUUAUGGAGAGUUCAAACAAAAACACUUGAUGUAUUUGCAAAUCCAGGUUAACAAGUUGGUCCCCUUAAAUAGUUUUUUUGUUUGUUUUUAAACGGGCUUCAUUUAAAGGCGACCAAGCACCCUCCCACCUCCACCCUUAGCGGAAUGUUUUACACACGUUGCACAUGCAUGCGUGGCUAACGUGAGAUUGUGUGACGGUUGUGUGAUUGAGUGCGUGUGUGUGUGUGUGAGCUGCUAAACAUGAACGGCAGUAUGGUGAAUAAUUACAAGGCCUCCUACACUAAUGUACUGUUCUCAUAGCAUGUGGCUUCAAGCAGUUUUCGUUGCUAUGUGGUUGGCACAUCCUGGCACAUCAUGCCCACGUAUUAGCCCCGCUCUGACCUUCUGGCAUAUCUGUGAAAAGCCUUGAUGACCCCCCUCAGAGGUAGUCAAGAGAAAGGGAAAAUGCAGAGCCAUAAGCAAAUCAAAGAAAAGGCUUUACAUUUUUGCAAUCUUGCGCACCAUAAUGUCGUCAAAUGAAUGCCACCUUCUCUGUGCCUGCCCCGCUCUCUUAUGCAUUUGGGUCUGCAUUGUUCCCCAGGGUUGAUUUUUGGAAUGGUCAGACUUCUGGAAAGCGUUCUCAGAACCACAGGCAGGUGAUGUAUUGACGGUUUGUUUGUGGGCUGGUUUUGACUGUCUGGUUGUAGUCUUCCCAGUUUCCUAUGACUCAUUUUGAUCAGCAUUCAGCUGGAUGGUGCUGUAGCCACUACCCCCCCCCCCCCCCCCCUCCCUCUCUCUGGCUCUCUGUGUCUCCACUUCCCUGUGCCCUGUGAUACCAGCCUAUUUAUUUAUUUGUGCUGUUUUCAUGUCUGAUUUGUAAACGGCUCAGCAGCUGUGUGCUGACGGUCUACUGGCCUUUUUAACAAACAAAAAAAAAAAAAAAAAAAAAAUCUGUUCUCCUUUUUUUUUGUUUUUGUUUCUUAUUCCUCUCUCCAGUCUUUGUCCAUUGUCCUGCCCUGUGUGCUUGUUGCAGCUCUUUGCCCUCUCGUGUCACUCUCUUGAAAAAAAAAGAAAGAAGCCAUGGCAGUCUCCAGUGCCUGUGCAAGCCCUUCACGCUGUCCCUAGUGCUAGGCCACUCGGAGCGCAACAACCUGACUGUUAAUGAACCUUCCCUCUCGGACUUUAUAGUUGACACUAUAUAGUGGGUCCUAAUCAAAACACACACACACACACACACCACACACACCACAGGAAAAAUGAUCCUCUGUAAUCAAGCAAACAGAUUCUGCCUUAAGAAUCACGCUAGUGCCUCUGACACCUAAACCCAGGUUCAGGUAGUUUGCAUGCAACUGCGCUGGGAAGAAGGGAGAUGACCAUUGUCUUGAUCUGGCUGUCCGCCCAUUGUGAAGAGGCAUCCAUCAGGAAACAAGAAAAGCUUUAUAUUUGUAUUAGAUGUACUAAAUCAUUGAUGCCUUCAAACAUAUACAAUUUGGAAAGAAAGCUCUGGAAGUGAUGGCAAUGUUUUACUGGUUUUCUUUUUUUUUUUCUUCCCGUUUUCAUUUGGUCGUAAGACCUCUAGGUUGCCUCCUAGGCGAUGUUUGGUGCAACUGCACCUCCAUAGAAUGGCGAGAUGGAGUCACUGUAGUCUCUCCUGUGAUGGAUUGUGGCUGUGUUGCAGUAGUUUCUCUAACACAAUGUUGGCAUAUCUCCCCCCCCCCCCCCCCCCAUCCUGUUUAACAUAAUGUGAUGUGUUAGUCACCUUAGGAAAGGAAGCGAGGCUGGAACUAAACAAGGGAAUAACAGUUGACUUUGUUCUUUUGUUCCCUCUUUGUACAUAAACAUGGGUCUUCCCUUCUCAUGUAUUGUAUUGCAGUGUAUAAUGCUGCAAAAAAAAUUAAGGUUUUCAGUCCAAAACAUAAGGGCAUGUCUAAAUGCACUAACGAAAGAGAUGCAGGUUUAUCGUUGACUUUUAUAUUCUUCCUUUUGAAUUGAUCAUUUAUCCAUGCUUUGGUGUAUCCUGAUUUUAUAGGUUCUUCCUCAGCGACAUCACACAUUUGUGACAUCUUUGUCUUGCGUUUUAUAUGUAUGUGUAUACAUAUUAUGAUUGCUCAGCAACUACUUGACACAUAUCUCACAAAUGACUUAAGUUCUUGUCCUACAGUCCCAAUGGUGACCCUUGCAUUGUGUUGUACUUUAUACCGACGCCAUAGUUUUGCCGGUAGUCCCUUUAUAGACGAAUGUUGAUUAUGAAAUGGGAAGAAAACUCUUAUUCAGUUUUUCAUACUAGUAAUUGUCAUUGGCACUUUUUUUCCAAGAACCUGUUUCUCUUCAUCGCGUGCUAUUGUCAGGACUAUACAAAUCCCUGUCAUAAUAAAUGCUUCUGUAUCUUUUUUUUGUGUUGUAAUGAAAUGUAGAUAGAUUUUUCUUUUUUUUUUUGUCCUCUUUUUCCUUUGUUCAUAUUUUAGUUAUUUUGUGUGUUUUGUUUUUAAACGAGGCAGGUCUUUACAGUUUCAAAGGAAUUUUAAGUGGAAGUCUGGAGAGACUUAGAACCAGCCAGCUCCCACUUCAGAGCGAUCAUCACGGUUGGCUUGUGCAGGACCUCAUUUCUACCUGAGCUUGUCUACAUCAUACUAAUGGGAUGCAGAGUAAUUAAUUUAUUUUGGAUUUUGUUUUUCAUGGAUUUCCCUCAAAAUGUUUGGAAUUAUGAACAAGAUGUACUGGUAGACGCUCUUAACGCAGUAAUACCUAGUUUUAGUGGGGAAAGAAUGAACAAUAAGGAAAAAAGAUGUUUUAAAAAGUUCUUCUUAAUGUCAAUUUUUUCUGGGUAAAAUUUACACUCCCGUUUUGUUGGACUGGUGAUUUUAGAAAAAAUGUUCAUGUAUUGUACAUAUGUGUACCAUAUAUAAAUAUAUAUUUACUUUUUCAUGCAUGUUGAAGUGGAAUACUAUGAACACUUACCGUGCUGCAGUUUUAAUUAAAGAAAAGCAACUUAAUAGAAUCCCAAAGUGUUUGAACCUCGUGUUUUCAAGUCCUCCGUGUGCUACAGACUAUCUCAUUAGAUCAUAGGAUGUGUAGCUGAGUGUUGGUGCAUGUGUUACUGUAUGGGAAAAUGUGUCAAAACUGCCAAGCAUCAAAAAGCAAUAAAAAAUAGUCAUAUCUGUUGUCUGAACCCAUAACUACACAUUCCAGCGUUUGAUCGUUCUUUGCUAUGUGUGCAUGACUUGUUUGUUGAUUUGUUUAUUUUUGUUUGUAUGCGUUGUACAUUCCCUAAGACAACACAAGAGGGAGCAGAAGUCCCUGUGAAGGAGCAUGUUUUGGGGUGCAAUGUAUUGUACAGCCACUACGUGGUCAUUGUGCAGCCGAGGUAAACGCGAUCACGUGACGACUCAUUGCCAUUCGUGAGUUGUUCUCACAUUAUGGCGGAGGGACGAGUUGUUCGAAUGGAUUGUCACUCUCAUUUAAAUGCCUGUUUUGUUUCUUGCGCGCCCGAUCUUUAGUUUUUUAUCAUAUUUUAUUUGUCUUAAAGUACACUUCAUUACACCGCUUCAACAAUGGCAGACCGUGGAUUGGAUUUGUCUGGUCUACCAAAAGAGGUCAGGGACCAAUUGGCUGAGUUGGAUUUGGAGCUAUCAGAAGGUGACAUCACACAGAAGGGCUAUGAGAAGAAAAAAGCUAAACUCCUGGCUCCAUACAUACCCCAGAUACAGAAUGUGGACCCUUCUGUUCAGAGUAUCCAGCUGGCCCCUCCAGGCCCCAGUGCGGACCCCACACCCAGCCCAGGCGCCGGGCCCGCGGCCUCCACACGCCACCACCGCUCCCACCGCAGCGGAGGGGCCCGCGACGACCGCUACCGAUCAGACAUCCACACAGAGGCGGUUCAGGCGGCCCUGGCGAAGCACAAAGAGGAGAAGAUGGCGUGCCCACUGCCUAUGCCCACGAAGCGGCGCUCGGCCUUUGUCCAGUCGCCCGUGGAAAACUGUACCCCUCCCGACACGUCGUCCGCCUCGGAGGAUGAGGGCUCCCUCCGUCGGCAGGCUGCGGUGAGCGCCGCGCUGGCUCAGAGCCUGCAGAGCCCCGACUACUGGAUCAACCGCUCGCUCCAGGGCUCCUCCACCUCCUCCUCCGCCUCCUCCACCCUCUCCCACGGCGAGCCCAAGAGCCAAGGACCCAAUCAGAACCAGAGCCAGAGCCAGGGCCCCUCGGCCCCCAGCGCCCUGGCCGACGUGCUGGCCCACACGCGCCUAGGUGGGUUCAGCCGCCCCCGCAGCGUGCCCCCUGACGUGACCAGCUCCACGCAGCCGGACCGGGGCUCACGGGGGGGCGACACGGCCCCCGUGGUGCGCGGCAUUAGCCGGGGGCAGAGCCGCUCCAGCAUGAUGGAAACGGCAGACGGAGUCCCGGUGAACAGUAGGGUGUCCACUAAGAUCCAGCAGCUGCUGAACACACUCAAGAGACCCAAACGCCCGCCGCUCAGCGAGUUCUUCCUGGACGACGCGGAGGAGAUCGUGGAAGUGCCACGGCCGGACCCCAGCACCCCCAGGCCCGAGGGCCGGCAGAUCAUCCCAGUGAAGGGGGAGCCUCUGGGCGUGGUCAGUAACUGGCCCCCGGCCCUGCAGGCAGCGCUGGCCCGCUGGGGGGCCACCCAGGCCAAGAGCCCCGCCCUCACCACGCUGGACCAGACCGGCAAGCCUAUCUACACCCUCACCUACGGCAAGCUGUGGAGUCGCAGUCUGAAGCUGGCCUACACCCUGCUCAACAAGCUGGGUACCAAGAACGACCCUGUUCUCAAACCGGGGGAUCGAGUGGCGCUGGUGUACCCCAACAAUGACCCGGGUAUGUUCUGGGUGGCGUUCUAUGGCUGUCUGCUGGCAGAGGUCAUCCCUGUGCCCAUCGAGGUGCCACUCACUCGCAAGGACGCAGGAAGUCAGCAGAUUGGCUUCCUGCUGGGCAGCUGUGGGGUGGGGCUGGCCCUGACCAGCGAGGUGUGUCUCAAAGGCCUCCCCAAGACCCCCAACGGAGAAAUCCUUCAGUUCAAAGGGUGGCCAAGGCUCAAGUGGGUGGUGACUGACACAAAGUACCUGACCAAACCCUCCAAAGACUGGCAGCCCCACAUACCCACUGCCAACACUGACACCGCAUACAUAGAGUAUAAGGCCAGCAAGGAGGGCACUGUGAUGGGGGUGGCUGUGUCCAAGAUCUCGAUGCUGACGCACUGCCAGGCCCUCACACAGGCCUGCAACUACUGUGAAGGGGAGACGCUGGUCAACGUGCUGGACUUUAAGAAAGACAUGGGCCUGUGGCAUGGCGUCUUAACGAGUGUCAUGAACCGCAUCCACACCGUCAGUGUCCCCUACUCUGUGAUGAAGGCCUGUCCCCUGUCCUGGGUGCAGAGAGUGCACAUCCACAAAGCUCGUGUGUCUCUGGUUAAAUGUCGAGACCUUCACUGGGCCAUGAUGGCUCACAGGGAGCAGAGAGACACUAACCUGGCGUCGCUGCGCAUGCUGAUCGUGGCCGACGGCGCCAACCCAUGGUCGGUGUCAUCAUGUGACGCGUUCCUGAACGUCUUUCAGUCCCACGGGCUGAAGCCGGAGGUCAUCUGUCCCUGUGCCUCCUCCCCGGAGGCCAUGACUGUGGCCAUACGCAGGCCUGGUGUGCGUGGGGCUCCCCUCCCGGCGAGGGCCAUCUUGUCCAUGACCGGCCUGAGUCACGGGGUGAUUCGCGUCAACACAGAGGACAAGAACUCUGCACUCACCGUACAGGACGUAGGCCACGUCAUGCCAGGAGCGCUGAUGUGUAUCGUGAAGCCAGACGGGCCACCCAUGCUAUGCAAGACGGAUGAGAUUGGUGAGAUCGUCCUGAGCUCUCGUGCAGGAGGCACCAUGUACUACGGCCUGCCUGGCGUCACCAAGAACACCUUCGAGGUGAUCCCAGUGAACUCCAGCGGCGCUCCUAUAGGGGAGAUCCCCUUCACUCGCACUGGCCUGCUGGGCUUCGUGGGGCCGGGCAGUCUGGUGUUUGUGGUGGGGAAGAUCGAGGGGCUGCUGAACGUGAGCAGCCGACGGCACAACGCAGACGACCUGGUGGCCACCGCCCUGGCGGUGGAACCGGUCAAAACCGUUUACCGCGGGAGGAUCGCCGUGUUCUCGUGCACGGUGUUCUACGACGAGAGGAUCGUGAUCGUGGCUGAGCAGCGCCCCGACGCCAGCGAGGAGGACAGCUUCCAGUGGAUGAGCCGAGUGCUGCAGGCCAUAGACAGCAUCCACCAGGUGGGCCUGUUCUGUCUGGCGCUGGUGCCUGCCAACACUUUACCCAAGACCCCCCUGGGUGGCAUCCACGUGUCGGAGACAAAACAGCACUUCCUGGAGGGCUCCCUCCACCCCUGCAACAUCCUCAUGUGCCCCCACACCUGCGUCACCAACAUGCCCAAACCCCGGCAGAAGCAGCCAGUGGGUGUCGGCCCUGCCUCCAUCAUGGUGGGGAACCUGGUUGCGGGGAAGAGGCUCGCCCAGGCGGCUGGCCGUGAGCUGGGCCAGAUCGAGGACCAGGACCUGGUGAGGAAGCACCAGUUCCUGUCAGAGGCCUUGCAGUGGCGGGCUCAGAGUGACCCCGACCACGUCCUUUAUGUCCUUCUCAAUGCCAAGGGGGUGGUAGUGAGCACAGCCUCAUGUGUGCAGCUCCACAAACGGGCGGAGAGGGUGGCCGCAGCACUGAUGGAGAGAGGAGGCAUCAAUACAGGAGACAAUGUGGUGCUACUCUAUCCUCCUGGUAUCGACCUGAUCUCCUCCUUCUACGGUUGCCUGUAUGCGGGCUGUGUCCCGGUGACGGUUCGGCCGCCUCACCCUCAGAACCUGGCCGCCACGCUGCCCACGGUCCGCAUGAUCAUAGACGUCAGUAAAGCUGCCUGCAUCCUCACCACUCAGCUCCUCAUGAAGAUCCUCAGGUCCAAAGAAGCUGCGGCCAGCGUCAACAUCAAGACAUGGCCCACCAUUAUAGACACAGACGAUCUCCCCAGGAAGCGGCCCCCUCAGAUCUACAAGCCGCCCACAGCAGAGAUGCUGGCCUACCUGGACUUCAGCGUGUCCACCACGGGCAUGCUCACUGGGGUGAAGAUCUCCCAUGCAGCUGUGAGUGCUCUGUGUCGCUCCAUAAAGCUCCAGUGUGAGCUGUACUCCUCACGUCAAAUUGCCAUCUGCCUGGACCCCUACUGUGGCCUUGGCUUUGUGCUGUGGUGUCUGUGUAGUGUGUACUCAGGUCAUCAGUCUAUCCUGAUCCCUCCGAUGGAGCUGGAGAGCUCUCUGGCCCUGUGGCUCAGCACGCUCAGCCAGUACAAGAUCCGAGACACCUUCUGCUCUUACUCCGUCAUGGAGCUCUGCACCAAAGGCCUGGGCACCCAGACAGAGACACUGAAGGCGCGGGGUGUGAAUCUGUCGUGUGUGCGGAGUUGUGUGGUUGUGGCUGAGGAGCGCCCGCGUCUGGUCCUCUCCCAGUCCUUCUCCAAGCUCUUCAAGGACCUGGGCCUCUCCCCACGAGCAGUCAGCACUGCCUUCGGCUCCAGAGUCAACCUGGCCAUCUGCCUGCAGGGAACCGCAGGACCUGACCCCUCCACAGUCUACGUGGACAUGAAGUCUCUGCGCCACGACCGGGUGAGACUGGUGGAGAGAGGGGCUCCUCAGAGUUUGCCCCUCAUGGAGUCGGGCACGAUCCUUCCAGGGGUUCGAGUGAUCAUUGUGAACCCAGAAACCAGGGGGCCAUUGGGCGAUUCCCACCUUGGGGAGAUCUGGGUGAACAGCCCGCACAGUGCUAGUGGCUAUUAUACUAUCUACGGAGAGGAGAGCCUGCAGGCUGACCACUUCAACACGCGCCUCAGCUUUGGGGAGACGCAUACUCUGUGGGCACGCACCGGCUACCUGGGCUUCGUCAGGAGGACCGAGCUGCUGGAUGCCAGUGGAGAUCGGCAUGAUGCUCUGUUUGUGGUGGGCUCUCUGGACGAGACCCUGGAGCUGAGAGGACUGCGCUAUCACCCUAUUGACAUCGAGACGUCGGUGUCCCGAGCUCACCGCAGCAUUGCGGAGAGCGCUGUGUUCACCUGGACCAACCUGCUGGUGGUGGUGUCUGAGCUGGCAGGCUCGGAGCAGGAGGCCCUGGACCUGGUGCCGCUGGUCACCAACGUGGUUCUGGAGGAGCACCACCUGAUCGUGGGAGUGGUGGUCAUUGUGGACCCGGGGGUCAUCCCCAUCAACUCGCGCGGUGAGAAGCAGCGCAUGCACCUGCGUGACUCCUUCCUGGCCGACCAGCUGGACCCCAUCUACGUGGCCUACAACAUGUGAGGCGCCUUCCCAGCCCCCGAUGCUGCCGACCACCACCACCACCACCACCACCACAUCACAGCCCUCUCUUGCAGAGUUCCCCCAAAAGACUUGCAUCAUCGGCUUUGCUCCAAACUUACUCUGAAAGGUUGGAGGAUAUCCACGAUGCGCUGUCCGAGUGCGAGUGCGCACACACACACACACAGACACACAGACACACAGACAGACCAACACUUAGACUUACACAUAAUCAAGUGGCCUCACUUGCGCUUCCUGGUCUGUGGUGAGGUGGGGUGGAGUUGGUUGGGGUGUGAUUGGGCACAGGAGGGAAGACAAAAGGUCCCACAAAAGGCCCGCUGUACCUUGCCCCCCCCAGCCGCUCUGUCGCUCUCGGCCUGCUGAAUAUGUGAACUAGACUGCCGUGGAAGAACGACUACCUCGGCCUGUCCGUAGUACUGACAGUGACCUACAGUCCAAAAAAAAAUACGUAACGACAAAAAAACAAAACAAACAAAAAUCAAACAAUAAACGGCCCCCUGCCCAUCAAGCCCUGGGAGGGAAGACCAAAACAAAUCAAGCAGCAGAAAAGCACAGACUGGAGGAUAGGGGGGGGGGGGGCCGUGGUGCUUUUCCCCUUAAAACUUUAUUUUUGGUCCAUGGGCACACUGGAAGGUUCCUUCACCAUACGCUCUCUCUCCCCUUAUUGCACAGAGAUGCACCCUCUUGAAGUUGCUACAGGGGUGUCCUGUCCUCCUUGUUGUGGUUAGGAGCACUGUCUGCAUACUACUCCAUCUCUGCCUAAGCCACUAGGCAGUCUUAUCACAUGGGUCAGUUUGCCGCAAGAUGGACUUACGAACAGGAAACUGCUCUUUGCACUUGACCCCCAAUCCAUUCCUCCAUCUUGGUGCAGCUCAUCAUAUAAGUAAGGAGAGUCUCACUGUCGUUCUUACGUUCUUCUUUCUUUUCUUUUUUUUUCGUCGCCGAGGCAGUCAAUGCAUUUACAAGAUCACCAGCAACGUUUGGCUGCACUGUAUGGACAGUCCUUCAAAGCUGUUAACGGGCACACAGAAUUUUUGUGUCUUCACACAAGUCAUGUUCAUGACCAUAUAUUGGUGACAUAUAGCACAGCUGUCGUCCCCCCCCCCCCCCCCUCCCCGAGUAUAAAGCUAAUUUUUGCCAUGAUGCAAUGUACAGAGCUCUAAACUCCAUUCAGUUGGUGAUUUUCAUCUGUCACUGGUUGUUAAUCCUUGGAUAUUGGCAUCGUAUUGCAAGAAAUAUAUGCAUUAAAACUGGUGGCAUAAGGAGCCAUGUACAAAAACACCUUAUUUGACAACUCCAUGCCUUAUAAAACCUGUGGAACUUUUGGUUUUAGUCGUUUUAUCUUGCAUUGCUGUAUGUAAACUGUAUACUGAAAAGGGAUUUUAGAGUGAUGAUUUUGAAGGUAUUGGUUUUUAUAUUUUUAGUGUUCUUGUUUAUGUCUCACAGAUGUUACUGUAUAAUCAAGUGGACGUAUUCUUUAUGUCUAUAAAACUUGACUGAUCUCUCAUACUUGAUAGCAAUUCUCUGCAUUACCGCUCAUGGUUAAAGUAACCUGGUCCAUGUUGGAAAAAAAGUAACAAUUUGCACUUUCCCCCAUCAUUUUAACUAUUGCAUGUGUUUUUGAAAACGUAAGUAUUUACAGUUGCUUCUGUUAAUUCAGGAGAUGGGGAACAAAAGUAUGAGGAAAAAAAAUGUGUACAUAUAUAUUUUCUGUUCCACAAAGUCUGUGUACAUAUAUAUUUUGUCCCACAAAGCCUUUUUCUUAACUUUUUGUCCCUACCACAUUCAGUGCAGGUUUGUGGUUGUAAUUUACAUUUCAGGGUAUCUACAAUAACUCAAUGCCUCCUAUGUGAUGGCCUUCGUCACUGACUGUGCUUACUGUUUAUACUGCACUGCCUCGAGAUAUGGCAACUAAAAUACAGAAUAAAGGCCACACCUCACAUUUACAUUUGCUUAUAGGUCUUUGUAACCAGUGAUAAGGUUAUGGGUGAAAAAUGAUCAAUCCCCAGGUUAAAUAAUCCCACUUUUUUUUUUUUAAAUGGAGAGCUGCUAAUAACCCCUAACAGUUUGUGUUGCACCUCCCAACAAAGCCCCAAAAAUGAAUGGGUUGGUUAACUGCUGUUCGGUCAAAUCCAUUCACAUGUGUUGAAGAUGCCCUUUCAUAUCAUUGUUUUGAAUAGACACAAUUAGUAAUGUGGGGGGUAAUGCUAGAUUUAAUUUAAAUUUAAAUGCCAAGCUGAUCUAUGCCAAUACAUAGAUUUAAAUAAAUGUAUUGAAUAGAA